GAAGAAAAAAAAAACUAACGAGAAAAAUGAAAAAACGCGAAUUUAAUUUUUUAAUAUUUUCCCUAGCACUUUUACAAUUAGUGACGGGUGAAGAAGUCACGUUGAAGGAAUUAACGUUGCAGGUGAACACGAACAAAUUAUUAUCAGUGAGCGGUGAUAAAUUUUUAAGCCUUACAAUCGAUCCAUUAAUUAUACUUAAGUCCAACGAUGAUUCAACGAAUUACGAGAGAAGUAUUCAAAUGGCUAGAGCCUUAAGUCCCGCAUAUCUUCGACUUGGUGGGCCUCAAAGUAAUUCGUAUUUACUCGAUGAUAGCAACAACACAGACAACUUAUUUUCAGAAAAUAAUUGGAGACGACUCAAUCAAUGGGCUGAAAAGACCGGACUCGAUGUGGUGGCCUGUAUAUCGCCAAGAUUAAUGGCAAAUGAUAGCCAAGUGGAUCUCGUUUCUUUGACCGAUCGAAUGGGUUUCAAUGCUAGCUGGCAAUUGGGAUAUGAGUGCCAAACGAGAUGCAACUUUAGUGGUACCGACGUUGGAAGGUACGUUCAAAUUUUGCGGAAUAAAUUGAAUGCCAUUCCGAGAUAUUCAAAUAGCAUCAUCACCGGACCGGAUGUGCUCGAUUACCAAACAGAAGAACAACGGGAAUAUUUGGAGAAAUUUUUUACCGAGACAGAGGAAUCCCUCACAGCUGUCACGUGGCAUCCAGAUUUCACUAAUGUUAUUGAAAACGAAGAUGGUGUUGUUUUCGUGGAUAACGAUAAAUUGAUAUCAGAUAAGAAUAAUCUCUACGAAAUUCUAGGACAAGAUGUUGCGAAAAAAUCGCUUUGGAUUGCCGAAUCUAAAGGAGAGCCAAGGAAGAAUCAAUUUAUCGGUGCUCUUGCUUGGACCAACAGACUUGGAAAUACCGCUAAACUUGGUAUAGAAGUUCUAAUGAGACAACCAGUCGAUCUCUCGAAACCAACUCCAGAUUAUUGGGUAUCUGUACUUCACAAGAAACUGGUUGGUCGAGAAAUUUUAGACACAAGGAUACAAAUGGAUAACGAAAGUCACGUUCACUUUUACGUACAAUGUACGAAAGCUUCGGCUAUUUAUCAGAGAGGAGCUUUAACGAUCUUUGGUAUAAAUCUAACGCCAAUGAAAAUACGAGCUAACGUUAAGGGUUUCAAAAUAAAGAACCUUCACGAGUACAUUUUAACCCCAGGAUUUGAUACGGAAAAUCCUAUGUACGCUAAAACUGUUCUUUUAAAUGGAAAACCAUUGAGUUUAUUUAAAGAUACUGAAUUACCCUUAUUGGAACCAGUUAUAUAUAACAAUGAAAAGGGCUUGAGUAUCGAGUUAUCGUCAGGUGGAAUUGGAUUCUGGGUUGUUCCCGAUCAAAAGAUAAGUUCCUGUAUGGAUCACAAAAUUGAAAAGGAAAAUGUUAUCGUAAAAACAUUGAUAAAGGAAAAUGAGAUACUGAGAAAAAAACGAUUAAUCGAUUAUGAUCAAACCAUUAAGCGUAAUAAAAAUAAGAAAUGGCGUAGUUUAGCGAAAAGAGAACUAAACGUUGACGAAAGGAAAUUGCACGAGAAGUUUGUCAAAGUUUUUCCAAGAAAAUUGGCACAAAUCGAGAGAAAAAGGUCGACAAUGAGCGAAUCCAUUCGUAGAUCGAAUCAAGAUUUCGACAAAUUUUCUUCGGAUUUUUUGAAAACCGAUCAAAAAUACGAUCGAAGAAGGAUCAAACGAUCUUGGAUUGUGACGAGUAAAAAGAAUGAAGGAAAAAACACUGAGAAUAAUUUAUAUGGAUUUUCCACCAAAGAAGAAGAAAAGAUGAAAAAUUUGCCGAACGUUGACGUACUUUUACAGAUUGAUGAUUCUACGAGAAAAAACAUGGAUUACGAUUAUACGAAGAAGGAAAAAGAAAUAGAAGAAAAAGGAUAUAAAAUUGUAACGAUCGAUCAUACCAAGCCUGAAAAUACUUGGAUAAACGUUGACAAUGAUUAUCGUGAUUAUAUGCCGAAUGAAAUUGACCAAACUACGAGCAUAGAGAAUGUUGAUAUGAAAGAAAAUUCAAAUGAUUAUUAUAAGAACAUCUGGCAAGGUGAAAAUAUUCAAAAACACUGGAUAAAUCAAGUAAAUAACAAAGAAGACAACGGCAAGACAAAACCCGUCACAAACGUUGCUUCAGGUGUCGGUGAAGGGAGACGAAUCAAGGAAAAUACCGUGAAUAUGCUAAUGAACUAUUAUUCAGACUCUUCAGCAAGCAAAAGCAAUCAAGAAAACCUCGAAGAGUCUUUUAGAGUAAAGACUCAAGGAUCCAAACUCGAAGACUCAUUCGUGGCUUCCCUAGGUAAAACUAAAUUAACGUUGCCUGAAAUAAGAAGAAGAAGAAGAAGAAGAAGAAGAGCCAUGACUACUACUAUCGAGGAAGACAAGAUGACGGAUCUUGAUGUUUUACAUUAUUCCAAAUCGAUCGGUGUGCCAAUGAACAUUCCGACUUAUAUCGAUUCGAAACAAGCUGAAAGAUCGAAGAGGAAGGUAACAAACAUGGAUACGAUACUGGAGAAAGAAAUGAUCGAUGAGGAUGAAGCUAAUUCGAAGGAUUGUAAAUGUAGAGUGAUCAGAAAUUUCAACGACAAUUCGAAAUUCAAUCCUUGUAAGGUGGUAAAACGACGUGCAAACAAAAAUUAUAAAGUAACUACAGAAUCUGGUAAAAGGAACAUAGAAAAUAAUACAACUGAACAAUAUGAAGAAACUACAGAAACUGGUAAUAAAAACGUAGAAAAUUAUGAAACUGAACAGUACGAAGAAACUACAGAAUCUGGUAAUGAAAACAUAGAAAAUGAUGAAACUGAACAGUACGAAGAAACUACAGAAUCUGAAAAUGAUGAAACUGAACAGUACGAAGAAACUACAGAAUCUGGUCAUGAAAACGUAGAAAAUUAUGAAGCUGAACAAUUGGAAAAAUUAGAUGAACAAUUAGUAGAAUCCAUUAAUUCAGAACUCGAUCAAAUGGAUGAUCAUGAAACCAAUGAUUCAUCUGCAAUGAACACAGAACUUAGAAAUCAAUUAUUAGAGACUCUCGAAGACGAAUUAAAUGUUAGUGAUGAUGAACUCGAAACAAAGAAAGGCAAAUUUUUUCGUGGCCCUUCGGGGCAAAUCAAAGAAACGAAAGAAGAGAUUAAUUAUAACAAAGAUUCUUUUGAGAUUAUUCCGAAUCUUUCACAAAAUAUUACAUCCAUCACGAAGAAGGAGACCAAAACUAUUGAAAUCGGGAUUAAUGAACGUAAACGAUACGAUAAAGAUCAAGUUACCUUUGAUAAAGAAUAUUACGCUUUAGUCGAUUCUAAAGAGGAGAAAAAUCCAUGGAUGUUUCAGUAUCAAAGAAAAUCUAACGAAAAUCUAAGGAAUGUUUAUCAAAGUAAAGGGAAAGAAAUAUUGUCGGAUAAUUCUGAGAUUAUUCGUACCAUAAAAAUACCCAUUGGUUAUAUUUACGACGAAUCCGCGAAAACAAUGAAAUCCGAUUAUAAAAUAUCAGAAAAAUCUGAUGAUAUUGUUAAUAAUUCAACGAAUUUGAAAGGAAACAAUUCUAAACCAAUGAGAGAAGAUCUAAGAAAGAAAAUUUAUUCGAUUAGAAUAAUCCCAAAUUUGAUAGAAAAUGUGAAAAAAAUUGAAGACAUUUCUGAGAUUGGAAAAAAUCGAGAAAAUGUUAAUGUUAAUCGUCGUACACGAAGAGACGAAAACACCAUUCCUUUAUCCAAAGAUACAGAUCUUAUGGAAAAAUUAGAUCACAUUUUAUUAGAUGAUAAUCAAUUUUUACAAUAUAAUAAACUGAAAGAAAAUGAAUCUACUAGCAGCGAAGAAUUGACCAAAUUUGACAGAGAAAUAUUGAACAAUGAGAUAAAUCGUGACGAUUCAAAAUUAAAUGUAAAACACGUAUACAAUUACAUGAAAGAAAAUGACGAUAAAUCACCAUGGAAAGAUAUAGAUCGUGAAAAUUUAAAUAAAAAAUCUGAGAUACUUGAAGAAGUUUGGGAAUUCAAUCCAUUAUCGAUUUGGAAAGAAGAGACGAACGCGGUAGAUAAUUUUUGGAAAGAUUUUUCACGGCACGAUUUGGUGAUGAAAAAUAAUGGCCAAAGGGAUCAACCAAAUGGUGGUAAUAAUAAAUCAUCGUUUCUUCGAGGGUCUAUUCCCAAAUUACAAGAAAUGAUAACUGAGGGAUUUGAUAAAGCGCAGAACCUAACAGAAUCGUCCUUGAAACAAGUCACGGAUAGCAUCGAUAAAAAGUUUAACGAGACUUUACCGAAAGAUGAUAAAAAUAAUAACAUUUUGCAAAAUGUAACAUCGCCUAUGAAAACGGAAAAUAUUUUUCAAAGUAUGAUAACGAAUUUACAAAAAUUAUUCACUUUCUUCUUUAACUUUACUCGUAUAUUUAAUGACAAAUUAUAA